AUGAAGACUUUAGAAAAAGAUAAUGAUAAAGAAAACAUGAUAAUUUUUAGUGAAGAAGAUUUGGCUUAUGAGGAAGAUAUUAUUAAAAAUCCUUAUUCUGUUAAACACUGGUUAAGGUAUAUUGAGCAUAAAAAAUUUGGACCAGAUGAAGAAAUAAAUAUAACAUAUGAAAGGGCUCUCAAAGAGUUACCUGGAAGUUAUAAAUUAUGGUACAAUUACUUAAAACUCAGACGAACACAAGUUAAAAAUAUUAAAGUAACAGAUCCAAUAUAUGAAGAAGUUAAUAGUGCAUUCGAAAGAUCAUUGGUUUUUAUGCAUAAAAUGCCUAGAAUUUGGUUAGAUUACUGUCAAUUUAUCACUGAUCAACGACUUAUUACAAGAACUAGGCAAAUAUUUGACAGAGCUUUAAGAGCUUUACCCAUUACUCAACACCAUAGAAUUUGGCCAUUGUACAUAAAGUUCGUUAAAAGUCACAACAUUCCCGAGACUGCCGUCAGAGUUUUCAGGAGGUAUUUAAAGCUAUGUCCUGAAGAUACUGAAGAUUAUGUAGAAUAUCUAAUAUCAAUAGGUAGAUUAGAUGAAGCAGCUUUGAAAUUGGCACACAUAGUUAAUACUGAUGAUUUUGUAUCCAAACAUGGAAAAUCUAAACAUCAGUUAUGGAAUGAACUUUGUGAACUAAUUUCUAAAAAUCCCACCAAAGUCAGGUCACUUAACGUAGAAGCUAUUAUUAGAGGAGGAUUGAGACGGUAUACAGAUCAAUUGGGACAUUUAUGGAAUUCGUUGGCUGACUAUUAUGUUCGAAGUGGACUUUUCGAGAGGGCGAGAGACAUAUACGAAGAAGCCAUUCAAACAGUGACGACAGUAAGGGAUUUCACACAGAUUUUCGAUACUUAUGCUCAAUUCGAAGAAUUAAGUCUCAGUAAAAGAAUGGAAGAAGUUUCGAAUGAACCGAAUCCUAGCGAAGAAGAUGAUAUAGAUUUAGACCUUCGUUUGGCAAGAUUCGAACACUUGAUGGAAAGAAGAUUGUUACUUCUUAAUUCUGUAUUGUUAAGGCAAAAUCCACAUAAUGUACAUGAAUGGCAAAAAAGAGUUCUUUUAUACGAAGGAAAACCUUUAGAAAUCAUAGACACUUAUACUGAAGCAGUUCAAACAGUUGAUCCUAAACUAGCCGUGGGUAAAUUGUAUACUUUGUGGGUAAAUUUUGCAAAAUUUUACGAAAAAAACGAUCAGAUAGAAGAUGCAAGACUUAUUUUCGAAAAAGCAACUCAAGUGUCCUUUACAAAAGUUGAUGAUUUAGCAUCGAUUUGGUGUGAAUGGGCUGAAAUGGAAAUCAGACACGAAAAUUUUUCGGAAGCUUUAAAAUUAAUGCAAAAAGCAACGGUUCCUCCACCUAGAAAAGUAGACUAUCACGACGAUUCGGAAACGGUUCAAAGCAGGUUGUACAAAUCAUUAAAAACCUGGUCUAUGUAUGCGGAUUUAGAAGAAAGCUUUGGAACGUUUAAGACGUGCAAAGCCGUGUACGAUCGAAUUAUAGAUUUAAGAAUAGCAACGCCACAAAUAAUAAUCAAUUACGGUUCGUUUCUAGAAGAACAUAAUUAUUUCGAAGAAGCUUUUCGAGCUUACGAAAAAGGAAUCGCAUUAUUCAAAUGGCCGAACGUUUACGACAUUUGGAACACUUAUUUGACAAAGUUUUUAAAACGUUUCGGCGGUACGAAAUUGGAAAGAGCGAGAGAUCUUUUCGAACAGUGUUUGGAAAAUUGUCCUCCGAAAUAUGCCAAAACUUUAUAUUUACUCUACGCCAAAUUGGAAGAGGAAUACGGAAUGGCGAGACACGCGAUGGCAGUCUACGAAAAAGCAACCUCCGCGGUACUCCCAGAAGAAAUGUUCGAAUUGUUCAACAUUUACAUAAAGAAAGCUGCCGAAAUAUACGGAGUACCUAAAACACGUCAAAUAUACGAGAAAGCCAUAGAAGUUUUAGACGAGGCGAGCGCAAGAGAUAUGUGUUUGAGAUUUGCCGACAUGGAAAGAAAACUCGGGGAAAUCGAUCGUGCGAGAGCCAUAUACGCACACUGCAGUCAAAUGUGCGAUCCUAGGGUUACCGGUGAUUUUUGGCAAACGUGGAAAGAAUUUGAAAUUCGUCACGGUAACGAAGAUACUGUAAGAGAAAUGUUGAGGAUUAAACGAAGCGUUCAAGCGACUUAUAACACUCAGGUUAACAUGAUGUCGGUUCAAAUGCUUUCCGCAUCCGGAAGUUUAUCCGCCGGUACGGUUGCCGAUCUAGCCCCGGGAGCCAAAGACGGAAUGAGACUUUUAGAAGCGAAAGCAGCCGAAAUGUCGGUAGGAGGAGCAGGAGGUGGAGGAGGAUCUAAACAAGGAAACAGUAUAUUAUUCGUUAGAGGUGAAACUCACGUACAAACAAAAGCGGGUCUCGAUGCAAAAGUCAUCAAUCCCGAAGAAAUCGAUAUCGAUGACGAUUACGAAGAAGAAGAAGAAGACGAAGGUGAUGGUGAAGACAUGCCAGUGGAAAAAGAAGUUCCUGCAGAAGUUUUCGGAAGUUUAAAUCCAACAGCGAAAUGA